AUGGAAUCUUUGGCAAUAAACAAUCAUCUCGUCACGCUGAACUGCAAAGCACUGUCAAGUGAACUCCAACAAACCGCCCUGUUUUGGUUUCUGCGAUAUCUCUGUGUGCCUUUUGCUGCACUGCAGGGAACACGCAUGAGAGAUCGUCCCGUCAUCAGCAUCAAAAUUUACACUAUAUACUGCAGCGAUGCUGAUGAGAACAAAGUAGGUGGCUGCGCGAUAGCUGCGAGGAACGAUUACAACAACCUGGUGCAGGAAUUUGGCUCAACGUCGUCCAGAUGCGCCUUUCUACGGCUGCAGAUUCACAGAGGACGUAAACAUUGGGUCGUAAGUGCUCACGCACCUAUGGAAACCGCUGAGGACAACAGUAAGGACGCCUUCUAUGAAGAACUCAGUGCUUUGAUGUCUAAAAAACCAAGCCCGCAAGUGGUCAUUGUCGGAAUCGAAAAUGCGAAGAUAGGACUCGACCAGCAAUACGAUGUGCUAGGAAAAUGGUGUUAUACAGCGGAGCGCACAUCGGACAACGGUGACCGUCUGAUUGACUUAUGCGAAUAG